AACCAACCAGCAGCAGCCAACAACACAGCCAACAACAGAAACGGGCAACAACCACACACCCUUGUGUUCCACAGCCUCGCGCCAGAGCAAACACUCCCACACACACCCCCCCCCCACACUUCAGCGCCACCCCUUGCUCCUGCACUGCGUGUGCCCUUCUCGACACAGCAGUAACAACAGCAACGACAACAGCCAUGCUGCGCGGUGGCAGCCAAAGACCCAUCAAUGUGAGGGUCGUCACCAUGGACUGCGAACUGGAGUUCGCCGUGCUCCCAGCAACCACAGGCAAACAGCUCUUCGAUCAGGUUGUGAAAACAAUCGGGUUGCGGGAGGUGUGGUACUUUGGACUGCAGUACAUUGACAGCAAAGGCCUUGUCACAUGGCUCAAGAUGAACAAAAAGGUGACGGCCCAGGAUGUGCGCAAGGAAACGCCGCUGCAGUUCAAGUUCCGUGCAAAGUUCUUCCCGGAGGACGUGUCUGACGAGCUGAUUCAGGAGAUUACACAGCGCCUCUUCUUCCUGCAGGUCAAGGAAGCCAUCCUCACGGAGGAGUACUACUGCCCGCCAGAGACAUCUGUGCUGCUCGCGUCGUACGCCGUGCAGGCCAAGUAUGGCGACUACAACCCAGACGUGCACAAGCCGGGCUUCCUCGGCCACGAGCGCCUUCUCCCAAGCAGGGUGCUUGAGCAACACCGCCUGUCGCGGGCGCAGUGGGAGGAGCGCAUCACCAACUGGUACGCGGAGCACCGCGGCAUGCUGCGAGAAGACGCCAUCUUGGAGUAUCUCAAGAUUGCGCAGGACCUGGAGAUGUACGGCGUCAACUACUUUGAGAUCAAGAACAAGAAGGGCACCCGGCUCUGGCUCGGGGUGGACGCGCUUGGGCUCAACGUCUACGAGUUCGAGGACAGGCUCACGCCCAAGAUUGGGUUUCCCUGGAGUGAAAUCAGAAACAUCUCCUUCAACGACAAGAAGUUCAUCAUCAAACCAAACGACAAGAAGGCUCCGGACUUUGUGUUUUACGUGUCGCGGCUGCGCAUCAACAAGCGCAUUCUCGCGCUGUGCAUGGGAAACCACGAGCUCUACCUCCGCCGCCGCCGCAGCGACACCAUCGAGGUGCAGCAGAUGAAGGCGCAGGCACGUGAGGAAAAGGCCCUGCGCCACGCUGAGCGCGCACAUCUCGCGCGGGAGAAGCAAGCACGCAUGGACGCCGAGCGUAAACGUGCCGAACUUGAAAAGCGCGUGAAGGAGUACGAGGCGGAGGCGCGGCGGGCGAUGCAGGCGCUGGCGCAGUCUGAGAAGACAGCACGCGACCUGGAGGAGAAGAUGAAGAGGGUUGAGGCCGAAGCAGCAGAACGCGAGCGACUGCGAUUGGAGGCGGAGCGGUUGAAGCGGCAGGCGGAGGAGAGCAUUGCGCAGAUGCGGUCGUCCCAGACGGCGUCGGAGGAGGAGAAGAGGAUGAUUCUCGCCCGCACGCGCGAGGCCGAGGAGAAGGCCAAGCAGUUGGAGGCGGAGGCAGCGAAGCGGGAGAGGGACGCAGAGGACCUGCAGGCUGCGCUCAUGGCUGCGAAGAAGCAGCAGGUGGAGGACGCAAAGGCGUUGGUGAACGCGACAUCAACAGACAAAUUCCACCUCAUGGAGGCAAACAUGAACCCAGACGCAAUGCAGCACUCGCAGGAGCUGGGUCGGCCUGCCAGCGACGCGGGCAGCAGCAGCAGCAGCAGUGGCGUUGGCGCCGGUGUUGGUGUUGGUGUUGGUGCUGGUGUGAGCGGAGGUACAGAGGUGCGGCGCGGGGUGUACACGGCUGGUGUCCAGGCGGGGCCAACAGAUUUGAGUGCAGGGGACGGUAAGGGAGGCCCAUCGUGGGAGGUUGGAGAUCGCGACGCCAUUGCGAUGAAGAACGACCGGAUCCGCCAGCAGCUCGAGAGCCUUGGUGCGGAGCUUGAUGCGGCCAUGGAUCCAGAGAAGGUGAGCGCGUUUGACAAGCUGCACCGCCUCAACAAGUCGCAGGGCAGGAACAAGUUCAAGACGCUGCAACGCAUUCGCGCCGGAAACACACGCCAACGCAUCCUUGACUUUGAGAGCAUGUAACCAGCAACACGGAUACGCAUGCGUGGCUGUGAAUGUGUAUGUCUGUUUUGGCUGCGCAUGUCCUUUGUCUUUGCGUGUGUGACGCCGUGUUUGUUUCGUAAGUAUGCACCUGUGGAUGUAUGUACCUAUGUGUGUGUGUGUGUGUGUGUGUGUGUGUGUGUGUGUGUGGUGCAUGUUUGUGGUGUGCGUGUGUGUCGUUCUUUGUGUGGUUACAUUUCUCCUUGCUUGCUUGUUCGUGCGCGCUUCCGGCUGUUUGUUAGUUUUGCUGCCUGGUUGUCUUUGGUUCUCUCCUUUUUGUUGUUGUGUCCGGAUUCCCUUGCUGCUUCUUCUUCUUCUUCUUUUACUUGGUCGCACGUGUUCAUGUCAAUCAAUACCUUCCAAUUCCAAGCAAUGUGCACAUGUGGCAGCUCCAGCCAACCCCCAACAUACAGUCACACAAACGUAAC